UCCGUGCACUUGUCGCGACCCGGUAUAAAUAACAGACGUACGAUUCACUGCAGUUGAAAUUCUACUCUUAUACCAUAUUGAAUUUUAAUACUCUGUAGAUAAGAUACGAGUCAGUAGUUACUUAUGUAAUCUCUGUUUAACUUUUUUUUUAUGCGUACACGGAGUCGCGCGCGUGCUUCUGAUUAACGUUCCUAAUCGGAGGAGAAAAUACCAUCAUGAUGUGUGAAAAGUUGUCCGUGUUGGUGUUUGGAUUAUUCCUUGUGAUUUUUGUAACAUUUGCCUAUCAGGUGGAAGAUCCAGAAGACUCUUCGAAUUAUUAUACCGCAGCGGUGGUUGAAUAUACACCUGUUUACAACAGGGGCAAUGGUCCAUUGACUUUAAAAGAGAACGCAGACGCGUACAUCAAAUACAUAGAAGAAGCGAGCCAACACGGUGCGGAUAUUAUUGUAUUCCCGGCAAAUGGACUCACGUCAACUUCCCUGCCGGGAAGGAAGCAAAUGGAUUCAUGGACGACGGUGAUCCCUCCCGCACAGGAUGAAUAUGUUCCUUGCACAAUGAGUGACGUCAAGGGUGUUAGUGAAACACUGACGAGACUCUCGUGCGCAGCUAGAAAAAAUCGUAUAUACGUGGUGGUGAACAUCGCCGAAAAGAAUGGUAUAUAUUAUCACAAUACCAACGUUGCGUUUGAUCGAACAGGAAAGAUAGUCGCUAGGUACCGGAAGGUGAAUCUGGACGGAGAACUGUCGUUCGACAAGCCGAAGACACCGGAAGUGGUCACAUUCGACACCGACUUUGGUGUAAAAUUCGGUACAUUCAUAUGCUUCGAUAUAUUAUUCCCUGUACCGGCUCUGAACUUGACGAGAACGCUAGGCGUUUCGAACAUCGUAUAUACAGCCGCCUGGUGGUCGGAGGUGCCUUUCUUAACAGCUAUCCAAACGCAGUCAGGAUGGGCCUACUCGCAGAAUGUCAAUCUACUAGGAGCCGGGUAUCAUUUACCGGAAUUUGGAGGCAGCGGUAGCGGCAUCUAUUGGGGUCGUGGUGGAUUAAGAAACGCGACGAUGACCAGCCAUCCUAAGCAUCGACUUCUGAUCUCUCGAGUCCCAAAGAAACCGCACCCGCAAACGUUGAACGCGGACACCGAAGGAGACUACACGACGACGACUCAUAACUACAUAGCAGCUUCUCCAGACGCGCAAAAAACAGAGGACUAUAAUGGGAUAAAUAUGUUGCACGAUAACCUCACAUCGUUUUCAUAUGUUCAGUUAAAUCACACGCAAUUCACCCAGACCAUUUGCCAGAACAACCUUUGUUGUGACUUCGAUAUUAGUGCAAAGGGCAUCGAUUCCACGCCCGUUAAUUACCGCGCUGUAGUUUUUGACGGAAUUCGACGCUACGGACAUUACAUGGACGGCGGCGUUCGUCUAUGCGGUCUGAUACAAUGUGCCAACGACUCGAUAACUUCUUGCGGUUCCGCUAAGCAGACGAAUAUUACUUUUACCCAUGUGACUAUUCGAGGGACAUUCGGUGAUGAUUAUUCAAGUACUGUAACGUUCCCUAGCGUGCUGAAUCCUGCGUUAUUGCCCUUCGAUCACUGGACGUUCACCGAGAAGCAGAAUGGCAACGAAACGAACGUAAUUUUGUCUCUGACACAGCCUACAUCGGAUCUCGUGACUUUCGGUAUGUACAAUAGAGUCUUCAGCAGAGACAAAUGGUAUCGCAUUUGAUCCUGAGCUCACGUGCCUUCCGAUUGAUACAGCAUGUAUUAUGGUGUAUACGAAUUAUUAAAUAAAGCUUGAAGAUAGCAACAGA